AGUGCUUCACUACAGGUGAGCGGCAGAGCUAUCACAACGCCAAACAACUACCGUACAUUCCCCAUGCACUGCAGUUGGGCCAGAUGCGGUGAUGUUUCUUUCUGUCGCGGCGUAUAUCACACAGCGGAUACACUUUUCGCAGAUAAACGAUCUUAUUAGACUCUAAAGUAGGUAAGCAGGCUAAUGUUACGUAAGUUAGCUAGGCUAGCUAACUAAUGCUAAUAGCUAACGUUACGUUAGUUGUGAACAGUUUGGUCUGCAGUGCCUUUUAGCUAACGUAAGCGACGUCUCGAUUUGACUUGAGGUCUUGCUACCUAUCUGUUAGUUCUGGUUGUUGUUGGUUCUGAUCAGGCCUAGCUAGCUAGCUUGUAAACGUUUGCCAUUCACAGCUAGCCAAGUUAGCUAGCUAGCUAAUUAUCUACUGCUAACUACGUUAGCUAGCUAACGUUUGUCCACACUGUGCCGGUAGUUAUCUAGCUAGCUAACGUAGUUGUGUUACUUGUUUAGCUAACUAGCGAAAGUUGUCUAGGUAACUAAAGUUACCAAUAAUAACACCUAGUUACCUAACUAGGUAGUUAGUUAAUCUAGUUAGUUGACCACUGUAUAGCGACAGAUGAUGAAAGUUUAACAUUAGCUAGCUACAGUAUGGUCAAAUAGCCUAGUUUUAGUGCUAACGUUAAUUUUGGGCAGGUAAAUGUGCUAUUUUGAGUAAACGGGUUUGUGUUGGCUAACGUUAUUUGGUUGGUUGAUCAUCUUUAGGUAGCGAACUACGUUAUCACCCUAACCUCAGAUUACUCAAUGAUGGCCCCACUAAAAUGUAGCUAGCUAGCAUUUGUAGUGAUUAUUAACGUUAGCCUAUUGCUACCAAAGCUAAAUAGUGGUGUUUUGUUUGUCUUUAACUAGCAAAUACUUCUGCCCUCUCUUGACCCCACAGACACCUAGCUAGCUAGGUCUCUAGUAAAGAUGAACAUUGAUGACAAGCUGGAGGGGAUGCUGCUAAAGUGUGGUGGGGGAGUGGAUGAGAGGGUGGGGAUAGGGGGUGGGAGUCUGGUCGUCAUGACACUGGGCGAGAGGGGGUUAGCCCACCACCCCCUGUUAGCAGAUGAUGAUGAUGAUGAUGAAGAGGAUGAUGACCUGACAGAGGUUUCAAUAGUGUCUCAUGACCUGAUCGCAACUGAUGAACUGAUGGUACAUGAGGAGACUGUGAAGAAUGACCGGGAAGAGGGAAUGAUGCAGAGACUCUCACACAAGCUGCCAUGCACGCUCCACAUGCCUGUGAGCAUCAAACAAGAGUUGAAGCUGUCUUCGGAUCCACUGAUGCUGGGGAAGAAAGAGAGAAAACAGCCCAGGGACCUCACAUCAGAGUGUCACAAGAAGAAACGAAAACAACGCUCUCCUGCCAAGAUUCUCACCAUCAAUGAGGAUGGAUCAUUGGGUCUCCAGAGUCCAAAGUGUCAUGUGUGUGGGCACUGCAAUGCAGCCUUCCGAACGAACUACCAUCUACAAAGACACGUCUUCAUCCACACUGGUGAGAAGCCAUUUCAGUGCAGCCAGUGUGAUAUGCGCUUCAUACAGAAGUAUCUUCUCCAGAGACAUGAGAAGAUCCACACUGGUGAGAAGCCCUUCCGCUGUGAGGAAUGUGGCAUGAGGUUCAUUCAGAAAUACCACAUGGAGAGGCACAGAAGGACCCACAGUGGAGAGAAGCCAUAUCAAUGUGACUGCUGCCACCAGUACUUUUCCAGAACAGACCGGGUUCUAAAGCACAGGCGUAUGUGCCGUGAGAGGAAAGCCCACAAGACAGCAGCAGCGGGGAAAGAUGGAGGACUCCUGCGCAACACAGAAUCUCUGGGCUUCUCCUUCCCUACCAAAGAGUGCUCACUGCCCAAGAAGAAACGCCUGAAGACCUCAGACAAGCCUCAGUGCGCUCUCUCAGCUGCUGCCACUGAAGACGUUGCCACAGUCGCUUCUCUUGGCGACAUGGAUAAGGUGGAGCAAAGACCGAGCAAAAUCGAAUGUCUACCUCUCUAUGUGGUUUCCUCCAAGGUGGUCAAAGACGAGUAUGUGGUGGCAGAUUAUUCUGUGGAGCUUCCUGACUUAUCUGGCGGGCGGCAGUUGGGGCUGGGUGGGGAGAAUCUCUCCUCUGAGGAGAUUCAUCCUCCCAAGCUGGUCCUCAAGAAGGUCCCCAAGAGGAGUCUGAAGCAACCAACUGAACUUGAACCACCUGAGAGUUUGUCCCCUUUGUCCUCUUUCGAAGACUGCAAAGUCACCAGGUACACGUUCGAGAUCGUUGACAAACAAGAUCUUCUGGACGUGGAUGUGGCCAACUCUGACCUGGAGCCAGUAGAUGCUCUCCCAAGAGGGCAGACGAAACCAGCAUCCAGCAGCACAAACUACGACGAUGCCGUUCAGUUCUUGAAGAAGAAGAGGUAUCUCCAGCAGGUAGCUGUGGCCAACAACGACAACCGCGAUUACGCCGUUAAUGUAAGCAGCAUAGCAUCCCAGCCUUCCGCUACACAAGCCGCAGUGGCCAGCGUCAUAGACGAAACCGUUCCCGCCACCAUCUUGGAACCACAGCCGUUGAGCGUCGAGCUCAAGUCCAACCACGACAAGAACGUGCUCCCGGAUGAGGUUCUCCAGACUCUCCUGGACCACUACUCAAACAAGGCCAAUGGGCAGUCAGAUAUCUCCUUCAGUGUGGCUGACACUGAGGUGACCUCCAGAAUCUCCAUUAACUCCUCUGAUGUGUCUGAGGGCAGCCCGGUAGAAAGCUUGGGAGGUAACUCUCAAGCCCCACCAGCAGAGAAGUCUAGCCUCCUGCACGAGUACUCCAAGUUCCUCCAGCAAGCUCUGGAGAGGACUAGCCAGAACGAUAGCUACCUGAGCAGCCAGAGUCUUACCUUUGUCACCGAGAGCCCCAGCCUUUCCAACCAGCCUCUGUUCUCCACAGAGAAGCAGUACCCUUCCCCCAGCAGGUUUACCAUUGGUACUGGUAGGUCAGGGAUGAACUCUCCACUAAGGUCUAACUUGGAGAAACCACAUUUUGGACUCCUUGUAGGGGACUCCCAGCACUCCUUCUCAUUUUCGGGGGAUGAAACCACUACCUCGGCCGUGUCGCCAACCGAAGACUUUCUGGAGGGAGUUGCGUCCUCGAAAAAGACUGAUGCUCAAGGGUUGCAUCAGACUUAUCAAAUCAGCACCUUCGAUCAGAACUUCCCGUCGCAGUUCCAGACCUCACGUUCUGGAAUCACCUCCCAAUUUACUAUUGCCAAUGGACAAGUCAGUCUGCGAAGUCACGGAACAGACUUCUCUGAAUACCCUCUUGAGACGAGGUCUCAAUUGAACUCUUCCCCUGAUGCUACAAGCAGUCAAACGUUUGGUUGAGGAUAAUAGUUAUAUUAUUAUGCGAUAAUUUUGAAAGGCACUUUAUACCCAUAUCCUCUGUCCUGCCAAAAUAUGUUACACUGCAAAGGUGGGUGUUGCUCAAAGCAUUUAGUGAUUAAAAAAUAUAUACUUUUCUGUUAGGUUAAAGUGGUCAAUUUUGGGAAUCGUGAAAAUAGAAAAAUAUGUAUAUGAAGCAAAACAUUUAAUUGGGUUGUCGGGGGAAAAACUACAGCCCGACCUAUGUUUUUUUGGGUCUGGUUCAGAUUUUUUUCGGUGUACAAAACUUCCUGAUAUAUCUGCCGAUAUAUACUGUUUUACUGCGGGGAAAUUAAAAAGUAUAAUUUUUCCAGACUGAAUUCUCAAAUUGCCAUCCAAAAAGGCAAUUGUCCAAUAACUAUGCUUCAAAUGUUGAUUUCAUACAUUGUGACUGACACAUCAUGAGAAUGGCCGCAAGUGUUCAGAUCAGCAUGAGAUGUGCUUUUUUCAACCUAUUUAUUUGAAUAUCGGUUAUCGGUGGAAUUAUCGGCUGAUACGAUAUAUCGGUAAAAGGACAAUAUCGGCCGAUAAUGUAGGUGAACCGAUAUAUUGUUCAGGCUCUAGAAAAAACACUAAUGGGGUUUAUUAGAAUGUAGGCUAUAUUAAGAAAUGUAAGCCACAAAGGUGUAGUGAAAUGGAUUUGAUUGCAUAGUCAAUCAUUAUUGUUUUUGUCUCUAAUUUCGUUUUUCUGCUUGACUUCAAUCAUGUUUCUUCCACCUUUUUCUUGCUUUAACUCUAACCAGGUAUCUGUGCCUGUAUUUAUAAAGUGUCUCAGAGUAAUAGCAAAGAUUUGUAUAACUAACCCAAGAUAGACCAGAGCCUGUAGUUUCCAAU